ACCUAGAUCCUCAGAACAAACACUUGUCUGUUGGGGGAGAAAAUUCCCUAAUUUGUGAAACAGGAAACAGACAAACCAACCCCCUGGGCAGAGCUGGGAAAACUGACCAGACUUCCAGUGCUGAGUCCUCAGCCUGCUACCCAGGGGCUGGUGUGACAUGGAAAGGGGGCACCCACCAGGGAGGUGCGGGGAAGAUGUCCUGGCCCCUCACAUCCAGCUGCUGGCAGUGGGGAGGGUGUUGGGUUCCUACCAUGGGGUUGUAUCAGCCCCUGGCUAGUAGGUGUGUGAUGGAUCUGCAGGCAGAGACAAGGGGUCUCUCUUUGUUCCCUCACCGUGGUGCCCCGGCUGCUCUCAGCAGUGUGGGGAUAGGACUCUGCCGACUGUUUCUCUCUCAGAGCUUCCAUUUGAUUGGCUGCUUUCCCCCAUGAAUAGUGGGGCUGUGAGUGGGGCAGCAGGUACUGAGUGUUGGACUCUCGCUCUUUCAGGGGCCGGUGACCUUCGAGGAGGUGGCUGUGUAUUUCACCAGGGAAGAGGGGGCUCUGCUGAACCCCACUCAGAGAGCCCUCUACAGAGAUGUCAUGCAGGAGAACUAUGAGAAUGUGACCUCGCUGGGGUUUCCAGUUUCCAAACCUCAUAUAAUCUCCCAGCUGGAACAAGGAGAAGAGCCAUGGGUCCCAGACCUCCAGGGUUCAGAGGAAAGAUGGAUCCUGAGAGCUCCCUGCACAAGUCAGGAAACAUUAAACCAACUCAGAAUCUCAGGUGAUGCAGUGAUAAGUGAGAAAGAGGAGCAGAAUUUUCAGAAGGAAAAUGUCGAGCAAGUGGAUAAACUCAGAGCAUUUUCGCAAAGAUCGAAAAGGAAUGUGUCCAGGAGUGAAGAGCAGGGAAACGCCUGUGAGAUUCAGCACAAACCAGAAAGAGAGCUGGGAAACCAGCCAGGAGAGAGAAUGGGUAAAUAUAUUUUCUGCUGGGGAACUCAGAAGAGCAUCAAGGAAACCACAGCACAACAGGAAAUCCUCAUGGGAAAGAAGAAAAGUACGUGCUGUGAGUGUGGUAAAAGCUUCUCUCGCAGCUCAACCCUUUCUGUUCAUCAGAGAAUCCACAGGGGGGAGAGACCCUAUGAAUGCCAUGAGUGUGAGAAAUGCUUCACUAACAGAUCAGCCCUUUCUCAGCAUCAGAGAAACCACACAGGGGAGAGGCCCUAUGAAUGCAGUGUGUGUGGGAAAAGCUUCCUUCACAGCUUUCACCUUUCUAGACAUCAGAGAAUCCACACAGGGAAGAGGCCCUAUGAAUGCCGUGAGUGUGGGAAAAGCUUCACUCAAAGAUCAACCCUUUCUAGACAUGAGAUAAUCCACACAGGGGAAAGGCCUUAUGAAUGCCGUGAGUGUGGGAAAACUUUCACUUACAAAUCAAGUCUUGCUGAUCAUAAGAGAAUCCACACAGGCGAGAGACCCUUUGAAUGCUGUAAGUGUGGGAAAACCUUCAUUCACAGAUCAGACCUUUCUAAACAUCAGAGAAUUCACACAGGGAAGAGGCCCUAUGAGUGCCAUGAGUGUGGGAAAAGCUUCACUGAAGGAUCAGCCCUUUCUCAACAUCAGAGAAUCCACAUAGGGGAGAGGCCCUUUGAAUGCCGUGACUGUAGGAAAAAAUUCACUCACAGAUCAGCCCUUUCUCAACAUCAGAGAAUCCACACAGGAGAGAGGCCCUAUGAAUGCCGUGAGUGUGGGAAAACCUUCCCUCACAGAUCAUCCCUUUCUGUUCAUCGGAGAAUCCACACAGGGAAGAGGCCCUAUGAAUGCUGUGAGUGUGGGAAAAGCUACAUUGAAAGAUCAGCCCUUUCUAGACAUCAGAGAAUCCACACAGGGGACAGGCCCUUUGAAUGCAGUGAGUGUGGGAAAAGGUUCAUUACCAGCUCUCACCUUACUGGGCAUCGGAGAAUCCACACGGGAGAGAGGCCCUAUGUAUGCCGGGAGUGUGGGAAAAGCUUCACUCGCAGCUCAAGCCUUACUAACCAUCAGAGAAUCCACACAGGGCAGAGGCCCUAUGAAUGCCGGGAGUGUGGGAAAAGCUUCCUUCACAGUUUUCACCUUUCUAGACAUCAGAGAAUCCACACAGGUAAGCGACCCAAUGGAAGCAGUGAGUGUGGGAAAACCUUGUCUUCCCACUGAGCCCAUGUGAGCCGUCAGAGAAUCUCUAGCCUGAUUCUUGCUUGCAUAUUUAUACCUGCCUCUGGAAAUUUCCACUACAUGCAUCUGAUUAAGGGGGGAUUCACCCACAAAAGCUUAUGCGCCAAUACGUCUGUUAGUCUGCAAGGUGCCACAGGACUCUUUGUCACUUUGUAUAGAGCUGGACUAACACAGCUUUAGCCCUCUGAUACUUGGAAGGAGAUGGGGUGACUCAGAGAUUCCCUCCUUCCCCAUCACGGCAGAACUGUUACCUUUUGUCUGAGCCAGGCAGAGUUUAUCGUCAUCACAUUCUACCCCUCCACUUCUCAAAGUGUCAUGUAAUAAAGUGUUCUCAGUUGUCUGUGCUUGGAGAUGAUGCUUUGAUUUAUUUAAUCCUAUGCCAGAAUCGCUAUGACUGGAGAGAUUUGGAAAGAUUUAAAGUGUGACACGAGAGGUAUUUUUCCUCAGGAUGCAAACAUUCUCACAUAGGAGACGCCUUCCACCAACACGCAUGGCAGAAGAACCAGAGAGAUAUGAACUCUCAGAAGUGCUGGGACAAACCACAACUUGAGCCAAUGUUCAGUUGUUGGCAAUGGGGAUUAAAAGAAAACUAAUUUAUAUGACAAGAAUUUGUGAUUUUUGAAUAUGUUAUUGUUACCAAUGAAAAUGAAAUUAUAGGUGGUUAUUGGUUAAAGAGUAAGAGACUAAUUGAUAAUCUGAAUUAUUUUGGAAAACUGAAAGUUGUCUUUUUUUUUUGUUUUUUUAGUUGUACAGGAAAUGAUGGCUAAUCUUCAAAAGUUACUUUGAUUUAAUUUACCCAGUGUAGUAUAGGGAGUUCUGGUAGAAAACCUCACUCCAGAGGUUGGGGUGGGAGAAUAGGUGUUAGAGUGUAUAAGAGAAUAUUGGGUCUGUAUGGAUUUUAUUUUUUUGUAUUUCAGAUAGAACAUAUUUUGCUUAGCUUCAAAGUCAAUUUCUAUUAAAAGGAAAACUACUCGAGGAGACAAGUUGUAUAAGAUUUUACCCACUUACACUGUAAGGGUCACUGAUUUCCCCACUUCUCUAAUUUGCAAAGGAGAGGCCUGACAUUUGUCAUAGGAUGUAUCCAGCAGGUAGGAAAGCUGAAGUUGUCAACCAUCAAAUACCAAGGAAAAGGCUGAAGUCCAUUGCCUUUCAUAUCAAAAAGGCAUCUAAAGGGUGGUCUAUGCUCAAGACCUAUGUUGACAUGGCCACAUCUCUCAGGGGUGUGAAAAAUCCUGAGAGAAGUAGUUAAUGUUACCUAAGCCCCAGUGUAGACAACGUUAAGUUGUCAGAAGAAUAUUUCCAGUGUUUGAAGGUUAGACACAGCCUUAGACAGACUGAUCCCCUCUGGGAAGCGAGUCAUAACAUCAGUUCCAAUUUUGACCCAUCUCCCUAUAUGUGAGAGAGCUGCUAGUAAGGAGGGCUGAACCAGGUAUCAGAUCACCUGGUUCAACUGAGGGAAAAGCUCUUAGUGCCCAUCAGUCCAAAGACUGAGAGAAAUGUUGAAUUCCAACCAUUGUCAUUUUAGUAUUUUAUUGUUCCUCUCUCUAUUUUUUGUGUUGGCCUUUCUGUUCUAUCAGUGUGUGACUGUAUAGCUCAAUGCAUGUGUGAUAAAAGCUCUUUGGUGGCA